AUGGGAAAACAACUGUUUGUUAUUCUCAACUCCGCCCUCUUGUGGUGGUGGAGCUCAAUCACAAUCCCCGGAGCAUGCUUGCAAAACCAAACGGAUUGGCUCGCAUUAGCUUCCUUCAAAAACGCGAUACACGAAGACCCAUUUGGAGUCUUGAGCUCUUGGAAUGAUUCUACCCAUCAUUGUGAGUGGCAAGGUGUUUUGUGUAGCAAAAAGCAUCCUGGAAGAGUCACAUCUUUAUUCCUAAGAUCACAAGGCUUGGGAGGCUUCCUAUCUCCUCACAUAGGGAACCUCUCUUUCUUGAGGGUCAUGCUUUUGCAGAACAAUAGCUUCCACGGUGAAAUCCCACCACAAAUUGGCAACUUGCUUCGACUCCGUGAUCUUGAUCUUACUAACAACUCAUUUGGCGGGCCAAUACCCUCCAAUCUUUCCCAUUGCUUGAACCUUGAGACCCUGAAUUUCUUUGGCAACCAACUUGUGGGGGGAAUUCAUUCCGAUAUUGGUACUUUACCAAGGCUUAAAAACUUGACCUUGUCCAGGAACAAUCUUGUAGGUCCUAUUCCUCCAUCGAUCGGAAACCUCUCCCAGCUACAAAAGCUCAACCUUGGAGUCAACGGAUUGCGUGGAGAAAUACCUGAAGAAUUGUCCAGACUCAAGAGGUUGAUUUUCUUCCAAGUAUGUAGCAACGAACUAACCGGUGAGAUUCCACCAGGGAUUUUUAACAUCUCCUCCCUUUGUAUCAUCUUUGUUGGUUGGAACCAAUUGUGGGGAAGCUUUCCCUCUGAUAUCGGCACCACUCUUCCUUCUCUCAGUUACCUCAGCGCAGCCAAUAACUUGUUCACUGGGACGAUUCCAUCAUCGUUAACAAAUGCCUCAAAUCUUUGGUUUUUUGAAAUUUACAACAACAGUUUCCAUGGGCCAAUAUCGAAAAAUCUGGGAAGGCUAAAGGGCCUUAAAAUAAUUUCAUUGGCUGUUAAUCAGUUGGAGGGUGACUUAAGUUUUAUUUCCUCUUUAGGUAACUGUUCCAACCUAGAAAUUCUCGCGCUGAGCUCAAACAUGAUUCAUGGAUCCUUCCCAAGAUCUAUCUCCAAUCUCUCCACUAGCAUUAAGCGAGUAUAUUUGUCAAACAAUCGGAUCCAAGGAACUAUUCCUUCAGCUCUAGAAAAUCUCUGCAACUUGAUUUUGUUGGAUUUAUCUGAUAACUUUCUUACUAGUCGCCUUCCUGAGUCCGUCGGAGCACUUCAUAGCUUGCAGCAAUUUUUUUUGUACGAAAACAUGUUUACAAGAGAGAUACCAUCUUCAAUUGGUAAUAUGACGUCCUUAUAUCUCCUUGACCUUCACUCCAACAAUUUCAAAGGCUACAUACCACAAAGUCUCAGCAACUGCAAGCAACUAAAUGGGCUCGAUCUUUCGAACAACAGCCUAAUUGGCUCAGUUCCACUCAAAAUCAUGGAUCUUUCUUCCUUGUCGGUCCUCUUCAGUUUAGCACAUAAUAAUUUAAGUGGAUCUCUUCCAUUGCAAGUUGGCUCUUUAAUAAAUCUCGCCGAGUUAGAUCUAUCUUACAAUAGAUUGACCGGCUUAAUUCCAGCCUCCAUCGGUGGGUGCUUGAGAUUGGAACGGCUUCACUUAGAAGAUAAUUCUUUCCAUGGUCAAAUCCCCCAAGCUUUACUUCCAUUACGGGGUCUAGAACACUUGGAUCUUUCCAAUAAUAAUUUUUCUGGUCCAAUCCCGAGCUUUCUCACAGAGCUCUCACAGCUCGAGUACUUGAAUUUGUCCUUCAAUCAACUAGAAGGACAAGUUCCGGAGCGUGGUGUCUUUCUUAAUGCAAGUGCUGUAUCGGUUUCUGGAAAUAGGGAACUAUGUGGAGGUGCUCCAAGUCUGAAGCUUCCUCUUUGUGAAUUACCAAGCUCUAACAAGUCUUCUACAACCAAGGCCAUAGUGAUAUCUGUGGUAGCCGUCAGUUUGUUAUGUUUAGCUUUGUUGUUCCUAUCUAUCUUCUAUUACUACAAAAAGAAGCAGAUGAGAACCGAUGCCUGGACGUCAUCAUCCUUUGGGCACCAAUUCUUGAGGGUUUCUUAUGAAGAACUUUUGAGAGCUACUGAUAGAUUCUCCGAGACCAAUUUGAUUGGUAAAGGGAGAUAUGGCACUGUUUAUAAGGGUAUUCUAGAUUGUGGUGCCACGGUGGCAGUGAAGGUGCUCAAUUUAAUGCAAAAAGGUGCUUCAAGGAGCUUUGUCUCCGAAUGCCAAACUCUAGGUACCAUUAGACACCGAAACCUCGUGAGGAUACUAAGUGUUUGUUCAGGCGUGGACUUUCGUGGCAAUGACUUUAAAGCUCUAAUAUACGAGUUCAUGGCUAAUGGGAGUUUGGAGGAGUGGCUACACCCUAGGACUAUAGGACAAGAUGAUAAGCAAGGUGAAUCGAGAAAUCUAAGACUAGUACAGAGGUUAAAUAUCGCCAUCGACAUAGCUAAUGCGAUCGAAUAUGUCCACAAGAGUUGUUCUUUAACAAUCCUUCACGGAGAUCUGAAGCCAAGUAAUGUGCUUUUGGACAAUGACAUGGUGGCUCGAGUUGGAGAUUUUGGGCUUGCAAAGAUCAUUUCCAUGGUGUCUACCGAAGCUGUAGGGGUUCGUUCCCAGGGCAGCUCAACUUCAACAUUAGUUAGAGGAUCCAUUGGCUAUGUGCCUCCUGAGUAUGGCAUAGGACACCAAGUUUCCACACUUGGGGAUGCAUACAGUUAUGGCAUUCUAUUAUUGGAGAUGUUCACUGCGAAGAGACCCACUGAAGAGGCCUUUGGGCAUUGUCUUAACCUUCAUAGUUUUGUCCGAAUGGCUCUUCCGGAUCAAGUGAUGGACAUCGUAGACCCAAGGCUUUGGAGUGAAGCUGGUGAUCAACAACAAGAGAUUAGGAUCAGAGAUUGCAUAAUCUCUGUAUUUGAAGUUGGAGUCGCAUGUUCGAUGGAAUCACUGCCGGAUCGGAUGGACAUGACCCAGGCGAUCAAGAAAUUAUACUCAAUCAAGAGGCGUUAUGAAACCAAAUAGAGGAGGACAAGUAUGUAGCUAAAUCAGUUUUCUCAUUUUAUCUUGGAACUCUUUCACUAGUAGAGAAAAUCAUCAUGCAAAGGCAGUGCUAGCAAAUUGACACGAUUAUCUCCCUAAAAGUUUGCCUACCCAUACCUAUUAUGUGUAUUUUUAAUAAUUACACCUAUACUUAUAUUUGAAUAUCAUAGAAAGCGGAUGUAUGGA